CCUUUUUCAUUAAAGUUCAUACCACUGACACACACAUUUUUUUUUGUAACAAAAAAAAUUAUUAUUAUUAUUAUUGCCUACUUCUAUUACUACUUCUUACUAUUACUAUUAUACUUUUUUCUGUGCUCCCUCUCUCACCCCUUCCUUUCCAUAUUCAAUGGAACCACCUCAGCAAGACCCGCAGUUAGAAUCGCUCGAUGGCGAUGGCACAAUGUCUUUGCACAGUUCAACCAAUUCAUCACCGCCCGAACAAACCGAAGACGCCAUGGAUUUGUUCUUGAACCAAGUAACGGAUUACAAUUCACGACACCUUUCUUACGACAGUCACCCUAGCAACCAUCGCCACCACCGUUCUGUACUCGACCCUUCUAGUGUACUAAUGAGCCAUGACCAACAUAAAAUCGACCCUACAACCUCACACAGUAUGACUCAGCUACCAAUGAAUGACCAAGAGCUAAUGGAGUUGUCAGCAACUGCAAACGACGAAACAAAGUCAAUCCAACAGCAACAGGAAUCAAUGGCAAAUACUAAUGCCAAGACAACGAAAGGAAAAGAAGGCGGUUUUGUCAGUGCGUUCGCAAACCCGCUACUGCAUGCUAUUCCUAUCCUAGCCAGAAACUGUUUGAAUUUUGAAGAUUUCCUUGCACAGGCAGCCCUGCAUGGCCAAAACGGCCUUCUCGGUCCUAAGCUUCAAAAGUCGGAGGAUGGCUCGUCUUCGGAUUAUGCAGCUCCCGACAAACUACUCUUGGAUCCUACCAAGGAAUCCUCUAUUAUGCUUCCUGGCAGCAAAAUAGCUAGCCCAUAUCACAUUCGCGUGCUCGGCUUGCCGGAAACAGGUGCUAAAUCUCGCGUGGAGACCCAGAUCAAGGUGUGCGUUCAGCUCAUCAACUCUACAACCAAUGAACUUGCGACCGACUGGACUCAUGUGCGCCUUCCAGAACAUAUGGUGGCAAAAGAGAAACUAAAACGCAAGCAUCAAAAGGGUGCUACGACUACGACUACUGCUGCCGCUGCAAGUAGUGGUGACGACAAUUCAGCGCUCGAUGAGUCUAAAUUACUUAGACUUGAGGCUGCGGUGGUAUGCGACAGUCAUCCGGAUAACGAGAUCAUCAUGUGCACAAGCUGUGUUCAUCGAGAGCGCAAACGUUUAAAACGUAAACGAGAUAACAAAGUUGCACGUGCGGCCAAGAAGGAAGCAAGUGCUGCUAAAUUAGCUGCCCUUUUUGCAAACGACUUGCCAGACUUGAAUGACGAAGACGUGAUGGCGCAGGAACGACGAAAAAUUCUCUUGUUUAACUGUAGCGAGUACGUCGAGUUUCAUGAUGGCGAAGCAACAUUGCCAACACGUGUCACUUGUUACUGUCGACAUCACAGCGAAAAGACCGGGUUCAGGCUUGUGUUUACUGUCAAAGACUCGCACAACCACGUUAUCGCCACAGGCCGAUCGCCACCCAUCAUGAUUACCGAUGAUCAUAAGAGCUCGAAAGUACAGCAGCAGCAACAACAACAACAGCAAUCAACUACAGCACGGAAGCGAACACGCACCGAGUUUGAUAACAGCAGCAGCACUGCAGAAGCACCCUCUAACUCUAAAAAGAAAGCAAACAAUGCAGCCGGAGAUGGUGAAACCGACUCGGGUGUGUCAAGCCCCAGUCCGAUGGUAUCGACUCCUCCUACUCCAACAUCUCAGACUGAUGAAAUACCCGCCAGCCCUAACAACUCAUCCGUUUCGAAAUAUGCAAUUACUACUGCCACUACUGCCGCCACUACCCCUGCUGCUGCUGCUGCAACCAGCACUACUCCCGCCACACCAUCAAUGACAGAUUCGCUUCAUUUAGAACAACUGCCACCUACUACCACCACAACUGCAACUGCAACUGCAACACCUACUAUAACUACAUCCUCAUCUACUGGAAGCCAGAGCUUCCUGUCACAUAUGCACCAUUACAGCGACACUGUACCUGAGAUACCACAGGGCGAACUGUUUGAUUUCCUUAACUCUGAAGAUAUCAGCGUUGAUCAGUUAAUAUCCUCAUCGUCAUCGUCUGCUAUUGCGCCUACCAGCGCGACAGUCGUUCCACACAAUCAUCAGCGAGGACAGCAACAUCAGAUACUCACAGGUCGCGCUUCUUCUGCAACGCCGUCCACUUCUACUGCCAUGACAGAGCGUCCCUUGCCGCAACUUCCACCUUCUACUUCGCAUCGACGACGUACAUUGGCGACGGGCAUGACCUGUGCUCAGCAACAGUGGCAAGCCAGCAACAUGUAUGCCAAAAUGCAGCAAAAGAAUGCAGUAGAGCGCUCAAGGACCAAUGGUCCCAAUCUGCCACGCCUUCAUCGACUAAUUCCCUCAGAAGGACCUGUCUACGGUGGUUCAGAGGUCACAGUGCUCGGCGCUAACUUUUACGAAGGACUCACAUGCUUGUUUGGUGAGAAUCCGGCCGUUCCGACGCAUUGCUGGAGCUCAAAUACGCUACUAUGCAUUCUUCCUCCAGCUGCCAGUGCUGGUCCUGUUGUAGUUUCGUUCAAAGAACAUCCUUUGAUGCUCGAAGGCCAAGACGUUGUAUUAUUCACAUACUUUGACGAAAGCGAUCGUGCUUUGAUGGAGCUGGCAUUACAAGUUGUCGGCUUAAAGACCAUGGGCAAGGUGGAAGACGCGCGCCAGAUUGCCAUGCGAAUUGUUCAAGGCGAUAGUGCAAACAAAGACAGUUCUUCUUCUUUGACAGCAUUAACAACGACCAACGGCAACCAACGAAGCGCUACAUUAAAAGGAUUGCGUAUCGAAUACCGCGACAUGCUUUCACUGAAAGGCGCCAUGGCCGUAUACGACAAUGCACGCACGCUGUGCAUCGGUCGACUCGAAGAACAAGUGAUAUCAGCGCUUGUUGCAGCAAUGCACAUGAACUGCACCGCCUACAUGAACGAAUUAUCGCUCACGAACCGUAACCAGCACAGUCUGCUGCAUCUGGCGACCAUCUGCGGCUAUGAUCGACUCGUCAAAACCCUGGUAAAACUUGGCUGCGAUGUGGAUCAGUCCGAUCAUAACGGCUUUACUGCACUGCAUUUUGCGAGCUGGACUGGCAAAGUGGACAUUGUCCAAGCAUUGAUAGCCAAAGCCAACCUUGACGCACGUAACAUCAUGGGCAAGACACCUGAAAAGAUGGCGUUGGAGGCAGGACACAAGCAUGUCUUGGAGCUGUUCAAACGAUUGCCAAACAGACGCCAGCGACGCCAAAAGAAGCGGAAACAAGGCGACGGCGAUGACAAGGACGAUGUACGUAUACCACUGUCUGAAUUCAUUCCUUCCGAUGCCGUGGAGACCGCACGCGCCGUGCUGCCUACCCGGUUGAACAACAUGCUUUCUACAUUUUAUACAAUUUCUGUUAAUACCGCUUGUGUCAAAAACCUUGGCGUAGCGGUUGGUCAAGUAUAUAACUUUAUGUUGGAUCCGUUCUAAUUCGAUUCCUUACUUUUUUCCUUCCUCCUUACCCGAUACACAGUCCUUUCUUUCUCUAUUUCCCUUUCAUUCACCCCUUCCAUUUACAUUUUGUUCAGAUACCUCGUUACUAUAAUUUUAAAACAAAGUUUGAUCUUUACAUCAUAAUAUAUCUAUAUAGCAUAGUCCAUUCUAAACAUUAUAUUAUUUUUUAAGAAAUGCAAACGAGACAACAUAUGCGCAAUAAGAUAUUGUACAAGGUGGUGAAGAUUGAGAGUUCUCUUCUAUACAACCCCUUAUAUGUACAGUAUACUUGGAGCAUCUCCAGCAGAUUCGCUAAAAGUUAAUUUUGGCGAGCCAGAUACAGUAACGAAUCG